AUGUAUAGCUUCUCUUUCACAUGGCCGUCAAGAUGUGGUGACAAGGUCGGAUCUCCUCUGAUCUCUUGGUCAGGCGGAAGGGGAAUAUCCAUACCAAGGGGGAUCGCCACUGUCAUUCAUUUGGGGUCUAAGGCCCUGACCCCUGGGGAGUCAGGAAUAAGAAAUGAGAAUGGGAAAAGAAAAAGUGCGGAGGAAGCUGUUGCGCCGUAUUCUCAUAUCCAUAAUGCCUGGCUGAUAAAUGACUAUCCAUACAAGGUCCAAGUCGAAGAUAGAAAGGAACGGAGAGAGUUAAAUUCCCAUAGAAAUUCGUGCUUUCGGUUGUCAAAAGAAGGAAACGAUCCAUCGAAGUAUAAAGGGAGGGCGUCUUAG